UGUCAGAGAGAUAAGAAGAUAGAGUGCUAAAAGAGAGCAGAGAGCAGAGCAAAAAAUAAACAGAGAAAUGGAAAGGCAAACAGAACAAGAAUAUGACCAACAACAACAAGGAGGAGGAGGAGGAAGUAAUAGAAUUGCUUCACUUGAUGUUGACAAAAUCAAAUCCUCCACCACCGCCAAUAACAAAGAUGAUGAUCCUAAAACCCAGAAACCAGGGUGGAAGAAUUUCUUGGCACAUGUAGGUCCUGGUUUUCUUGUCUCUCUAGCCUAUCUUGAUCCUGGAAAUUCGGAGACUGAUCUCCAAGCUGGUGCCAAUCAUCGAUACGAGCUAUUAUGGGUAAUCUUGAUUGGAUUAAUUUUUGCUCUUAUUAUUCAAUCUUUGGCAGCCAAUUUAGGUGUAACCACCGGAAAACACUUAGCGGAGAUUUGUAAAGCUGAGUACCCAGUAUUUGUGAAGAUCUGUCUAUGGUUGUUGGCAGAACUUGCAGUUAUUGCAGCUGAUAUACAGGAAGUAAUUGGAACGGCGUUUGCUCUAAACAUAUUAUUUAGUAUUCCAGUAUGCGGUGGAGUUUUGAUUACUCACUACAACAAAUUCCCGGAUUAGUAACAGCAAUUCGUACAGACUAUGAAGCCGGUACAAAAUUGCAGUUACAAAUGGCCGUUACAAAAACAUUCGUAACAGAUAUUACCCGUUUCGCAUUUAGUAACAGGAAGCAGCCGUCACGAAGUUUUUUUGUGGGCAUGUCAGCCACACGCUUCGUCCCACCAGGGUCGUAACACUUGCAUCUUGUGCGUGUGCCAACCACACGCGAAUUUUUUAUUCCCACCCACCCAAAAUGAACUAGAGGAUGUGUCUUCCCCUCCUUAUCCUUAGGUAUUUCCUCUCAUCUCUCGACCAUUCACUCAUUUUUCUUCUCCUCUCUUCUCUUAUUCUCUUCUUCUCUCCGGCGCUUUCUGAUUAUUGAUUAUAGGAAAACAGAGAAUAAAUCUGUACAGAUAAUAAGGGUGAUGGUGCAAUUGUUGAUGUACGAAGGAGAACAAGUAGGAGUUUUAGGUUCUCUGUGUGAGGUGGUGAAUCAUGGAGAGAGGGUUAGGGUUUAUUCUUGAGGUGAAGAAAAAUGAGAAAAUGAUGGAUAUGUUGAGAUCCCCGGUGAUUCAUGGUGGUGCUGUUAAAUCAAAUGUUGAUUCAACUCAUCAGAAAUGAUAAGUUGAUUUAGGAUUUCUCUAGCGGUAAGUUGAUUUAGGAUGAUUUAGCUCUUAAUUUUUCUAGGUAUUCUUAAUCUUAUCUCUUUUAAUGAUUUCGAAAUGAUUUCCAUUCUUCGAUUUGUAUUUUAAAGAUCUAUUGAACAUGAUUGUGUUUUAGUUUUUAUUUUUCAGUAUAUAAUCGUAGUCCUAACAAGUUGAAUUUGCGUUGGUGCUUAUAGAACUGAGAUUUGUCUAGGGUUUUAAUUCUGUAUUCAAUUUUGAUUUCCUUGUCAUUUUUUUUUUCUGAUGAAAACUGCUCUUGUUGGGUUUCACUUUAUUGGAUGGUAAAACAAAUGGCCAUAAGGAGUCUGAUCAUACAUUCUCUUUAGUUCUAAUAGUGUGGUUUCAAAAUGUGUAGUGCCACUGAUGACUUAUUCCUUUGCAAGAUGGUGAGUAGUGUUUUAAUAUAUUUUUCUGACACAUUUCGGUAUAUAUACAUGCCAUCGUUUGAUGCAAGUUCUGGUUUGGAUUUCUAUGAGACUAAGAAGCUGAUACGUAUUAAAAUCGUAGAGACCAUUAUGUGAUUCUGGAUGUGUAUGGUUACUGUUAUCAUUUUACUUAAUGUUCGGAUGUGAAAUCUAAAGAUUUUAGUAUCCGUAGUUGAAUGGUUUAGACCAUUAUGUUUGUCUAAUAUUCAUAUUCAUUUGUAUGAGCACAUUUAUUAAUUUGGGAGGGUGCUUAGUCUGAAAUGAAUUGUGUUUUCUUUCCAUGGUUAACUUGAGAAAGUGAUUCUACUUUAAAUGUUUCAUUUCUGCGAUACUGUGGAGUAGCCUUGUUGACAAGAUUGAAUAUUUCUUUUGGUUGGUUCCUUGACCAACAACUUGGAAGAUACAUGAGGAGCUUAAUGCAACAAGGUAGAACACAUCUCACAACACGAACAAAAAUUCACAUCAAAUGUUUGAUGAAAAGUUUGAAAGAAGGGAAACAUGGUAUGUUGGCAGUGGGUUGUUUGCGUAUAUAGCAACAUAAUGGUUGUGAUGCAGGGGAUCUUUUGGUUCGGACCUUUCGUAGGUGCUGCUUUUGCUGUGAUAUAUCACCAGUUUGUUCUAAGGGGUGGUGCUGCUAGAGCAUAUGGUUCAAUUAGGAGCCAGAUGAGAGACAUAGAGAGCAAAGUGAAAAAUCAGCGGAUCAAGUAAAGAGGGGGUUUAAUUGUGGCACAGAAGAAAAAUGUUGCUUGCAUUUGGUUAGCUUGGUGGUCCCUCUUUAUCUACUGUUGACGGGCACAGAAGAAAAAUGUUGCUUGCAUUUGGUUAGCUUGGUGGUCCCUCUUUAUCUACUGUUGACGGGUAC